CACACACACACAAAAAAGAACAAUGGCUGCUUCAAGAACAUUCAUUUCCUCUAAUCUCUUUAUCUUCUUCCUUGUGAUGGCUACAACCAAUGGUCAGGCUCCAGCUCCAGCCCCUUCAGGUCCAACCAACAUAACCGCAGUCCUAGAAAAAGCCGGUCAAUUCACAAUGUUCAUAAGACUCCUCAAGAGCACCCAAGCCGCAGACCAAAUCAACACUCAGAUCAAUUCUUCUUCGAGCCAAGGCCUAACCGUGUUUGCCCCGACCGAUAACGCCUUUAGCAGCCUCAAAUCCGGAACCUUAAACUCAUUAUCUGACCAGCAAAAGGUUCAGCUUGUUCAGUUCCAUGUCCUUCCUACACUCCUUACCAUGCCUCAAUUUCAAACCGUUAGUAAUCCCUUGCGCACGCAAGCUGGUGAUGGGCAAAACGGUAAAUUCCCUCUUAACAUCACUAGCUCCGGUAAUCAAGUCAACAUCACCACCGGUGUUGUUAGCGCCACCGUGGCUAACUCUGUCUACAGCGAUAAGCAGCUCGCCGUUUAUCAGGUCGAUCAAGUUUUGCUGCCCUUAGCGAUGUUUGGGUCAAGCUCAGCUCCUGCUCCGGCGCCUGAGAAAGGUGGCUCGGUUACGACUGGUUCAGCUUCUGGCAGCGACGGUGGAGGAGAUUCUACUGAUUCAUCUGAUGCAGAGAGAUUUGGAUUCGGGUUAAUCGCCACAGUGGCUGCCAUUGCUGCUUCUUCUUCUCUGUGGAUAUGACCCGAGAGAGAGAGAGAGCUUUUCUCGGGUCUCCACAUUGGAUUAUAAGAAUAACGAUGAGAGCUUUAAAUUUUGUUGUAAUUUGAGAUUGUGUUAUAGAAUUGUGUUAUCAUGUUAUUGUUUUGAUUCAAAAUGAGACAACAUUACGAUUGCGAUUGCACAAAA